CCUGCUUCCCGCGGGAGGAUCCAGCCAUGCCGGCCGAGCAGCCCGCAGGCAGCGACGGGCCCGCGCUCCCGGAGAUGGAGGGGCAGCAGGAGGGCGCCGUGAUUACCCCCGCCAUGCUAGAGGAGGAGCAGCAGCUUGAGGCCGCGGGGCUGGAGCGAGAGCGGAAGAUGCUGGAGAAGGCUCGCAUGUCUUGGGACAGAGAGUCCACGGAAAUUCGGUACCGUAGACUUCAACAUUUGCUGGAGAAAAGCAAUAUCUACUCUAAGUUUUUACUGACUAAAAUGGAACAACAACAACUAGAGGAACAGAAGAAGAAAGAGAAAUUGGAGAGAAAAAAGGGAUCUUUAAAAGUGAUAAAGGAUAAAAAUUCAGUUGAUACAAACGAAGAGAAUGCAGGUGUGAGAAAGAAAAGAGGAAGAGAAGAUGAAUCAUACAAUAUUUCAGAGAUCAUGUCCAAAGAGGAAAUUUUAUCUGUGGCUAAAAAAAGUAAAAAGGAGAAUGAGGAUGAAAGCUCUACUACUAACCUUUGUGUGGAAGAUCUGCAAAAAAACAAAGAUUCAAAUAGUAUAAUUAAGAAUAGAUUGUCUCAAACUGUCAGGCAGAAUGCUAAACUCUUUUUUGAUCCAGAUCGGAAAUAUGAUGGACAACCAGUACCCUUUCAGCAACCAAAGCACUUCACGGGAGGAGUGAUGCGUUGGUACCAAGUAGAAGGCAUGGAAUGGCUUAGGAUGCUUUGGGAAAAUGGAAUUAAUGGCAUUUUAGCAGAUGAGAUGGGCCUGGGAAAGACGGUUCAGUGCAUUGCUACAAUUGCGUUGAUGAUUCAGAGAGGUGUGCCUGGACCUUUCCUUGUCUGUGGGCCUUUGUCUACACUUCCCAACUGGAUGGCGGAGUUUAAAAGAUUUACACCAGAAAUUCCUACCAUGUUAUAUCACGGAACCCAGCAGGAACGCCGAAAAUUGGUAAGAAAUAUUCACAAACGGAACGGGACCCUGCAGAUCCAUCCGGUGGUCAUCACGUCGUUUGAAAUAGCAAUGAGAGACCGAAAUGCUCUGCAGCAUUGCUAUUGGAAAUACUUAAUAGUAGAUGAAGGACACAGAAUUAAGAAUAUGAACUGCCGGCUAAUAAGGGAGUUAAAACGGUUCAAUGCUGAUAAUAAGCUUCUUUUGACUGGUACACCAUUGCAAAACAAUUUAUCAGAACUUUGGUCAUUGCUAAAUUUUUUGUUGCCAGAUGUAUUUGAUGACUUAAAAAGCUUUGAGUCUUGGUUUGACAUCACCAGUCUGUCUGAAACUGCUGAAGAUAUUAUUGCUAAAGAAAGGGAACAGAACGUACUGCAUAUGCUGCACCAGAUUCUGACACCUUUCUUACUGAGAAGGCUGAAAUCUGAUGUUGCUCUUGAAGUUCCUCCUAAACGAGAAGUAGUUGUUUAUGCACCACUUUCAAAGAAACAAGAGAUCUUCUACACGGCCAUUGUGAACCGCACCAUUGCAAAAAUGUUUGGGUCCAUUGAGAAAGAAACAGUUGAGCUAAGUCCUACUGGACGACCAAAACGGCGAACUAGAAAAUCAAUAAAUUACAGCAAGAUAGAUGAUUUCCCUAAUGAAUUGGAAAAAUUGAUCAGUCAAAUUCAGCCAGAGGUGGAACGAGAAAGAACUGUUGUGCAAAUGAGUGUCCCACUGGAAUCUGAGGUUAAUUUGAAGUUACAGAAUAUAAUGAUGUUACUUCGUAAAUGUUGUAAUCAUCCAUAUUUGAUUGAGUACCCUAUAGAUCCUGUUACACAAGAAUUUAAGAUUGACGAAGAAUUAGUAACAAAUUCUGGGAAAUUCUUAAUUUUGGAUCGAAUGCUGCCAGAGCUGAAAAAAAGAAGUCACAAGGUGCUGCUUUUUUCACAAAUGACAAGGAUGUUGGACAUUUUGAUGGAUUACUGCCAGCUUAGAGAUUUCAACUUUAGCAGACUUGAUGGAUCCAUGUCUUACUCAGAGAGAGAGAAAAAUAUGCACAGCUUCAACACAGACCCAGAUGUAUUUAUCUUCUUAGUGAGUACAAGAGCUGGUGGCUUGGGCAUUAAUUUGACUGCAGCAGAUACAGUUAUAAUUUAUGAUAGUGAUUGGAAUCCUCAGUCUGAUCUUCAAGCCCAGGACAGAUGUCAUAGAAUUGGUCAGACAAAACCAGUUGUUGUAUAUCGCCUUGUUACAGCAAAUACCAUUGAUCAAAAAAUUGUGGAAAGGGCAGCUGCUAAAAGAAAAUUGGAAAAGUUGAUCAUCCAUAAAAAUCAUUUCAAAGGUGGUCAGUCUGGAUUAAAUCAAUCUAAGAAUUUCUUAGAUCCUAAGGAAUUGAUGGAGUUAUUAAAAUCUAGAGAUUAUGAAAGGGAAGUAAAAGGAUCAAGAGAAAAAGUCAUUAGCGAUAAAGAUCUUGAGUUGCUAUUGGAUCGAAGCGAUCUUAUCGAUCAAAUGAAUACGUCAGGAUCAAUUAAAGAAAAGAUGGGGAUAUUCAAGAUACUAGAAAAUUCUGACGAUUCCAGUUCUGAAUGUCUGUUUUAGAUUGGAAGUAAAGAAUGGAUUCAACAGAUUUUGCUUCUAUUCAGUGAUUUACUUCUGUUUGCUUUGAAAUCCAAAUUGUUCACUUUCCUUUCUUUGAUUAUACCUGCUUAUAUAAUGUAAUCAAUGAGUGCCCAUCACAUUCUUCAGAGAGUGGUAGUUUUCUGAGCCUUGUUAAGAACAAAAAGAUUUAUAUAAAGUUUUGAUUUUUGUUCAUUUUUGAGCCUGUGUAGUAAGUUGGGUGCAGGCUGAUGUGUGCUUAAACUACUGCCAGGUUUAUACAGUCUUCCUGUGGAAGUUUAGUAAAUGCCUUUUUUCCCCUUUUAGCAGUAUAUUCCUUGGAGUUUUGGUACUUCAGUUAUGGAGUAGGUUUUCUUGGAAGGGCUGAUAGAGAUCAUGCCUUCUGUUUAAGAAAUUGUUUGAUUUUAGAGUUCCUAAGAUAACCAAAUAAAUAUUCAUUGUAA